CUGACGGUGAGAGCAAAGCAAUACGUGCGUCAAAAUAACUGAUUAAAACCAGAAUGCUGACACUUCGCUGUUCUAUGGAGCUGCUUCUGAGGACGCAACCACUCAUUUCCUAAAUUCCCAUCCAAUCCCUGUAUUUAAGAGGUGCUGGAUGGAUCCUCUGCUCGCUGAGGAGCCAACCACUCAUCCCAUCCCUGCAGCGUCUUGACUCCGAUCCAGGCUCUCUUCAAAAAGGAUAACAACACCCAAUGGAUUAUGUGUCCAAGAAAAUGUCCUUGUUGGAUGCAAAGCCUAUCCAAUUGCAUUUGCUAAAGACAAUCACAGAGGAUUUUUCAAAGAAGUUGAAAAUUGGUAGUGGUGGCUAUGGAGAAGUUUACAAGCAGAACAGGGAGUGCUUAAUGGGCACGAAAUUGCUAUCAAGAAGCUUUUUCCUGUCCAUGGAGUUGAUGAUGAGGCAUUUGAUAAUGAAUUUCGCAACCUUAAGAAAGUUCAGCAUAAAAAUGUCAUACGGAUGAUUGGGUAUUGCUAUGAGAUAGCACAUAAAGAUGUUGAGUACCAAGGAAAAUUGGUUUGGUCUCAAGUAAUAGAUCGAGCUCUCUGCUUUGAAUAUAUGAAGGGAGGAAGCCUUGCCAAGCAUAUUUCUGCCGAGUCAUGCAUACAUAAUUGGCCGAUCACGUACAAAAUAAUUAAGGGGACAUGUGAGGGCCUCCACCACCUUCAUAAAGGAGGAGAAAAGAAGAUUUUUCAUCUAGAUCACCUAAAGCCGGAUAAUGUAUUGCUGGAUGAAGAAUUGGUGCCUAAAAUAGGAGAUUUUGGUUUGUCCGAGCUCUUUGGGUCCUCGUAUACCCACCAACAAAGCAGCACGAAAGGAACAAUUGGGUUCAUGCCACAAGAAUAUAUACACAAUCGCAAGGUGUCACCCAAGAAUGACGUGUUCAGUCUCGGAGUCAUAAUUUUCCACAUAAUGGCGGGAGAAAAGGGCUACAGCGAUUAUUGGGAUGCGCGCCGUCGUCCAAAUUUUUCCUCAAAAAUUCAACAUAAGUUUAUUGAGAGUGUACAAGAAUAUUGGAAGAAAAAGAUGGAGACAAUGGAAGGUUAUAGAUGGGACGAAACAGAUCUGCUAGGAGUAACGAGAUGUAUUGACAUGGCAAUGCGUUGUGUGGAGGACGACCGAGACAAAAGGCCUUAUAUAAAGGACAUUAUCAACGAGCUCAACAAACUAGAUUCUGAAGUCUCAGAGAUGUUAAAGAAAGAUCCGAAACCACCUAUUGGCCAGCUGGUAUAGUAUAUAACCUUCAUACUCACGUCCGUGCUCAUAUAUGUGGACCUCAUAUACGUAGCUGAACACACAUUCUAUCACUGAGAGUGAACCCCUUAAACUUUUGCCUUUGCAGAAAAGGAAAAACCGUGUCAAUGAUUUGGAAGCCGUGAAACAGAAUAAAAGCUUCAAAUAUUUGGGAAAAGAUAUUGUGGUUGAUCCAUCCCAGGAGCUUUGUUUCCCUUUCGAGUCAAAUAAGAACACACUAGUA